GAACUGCGCCGAGCGGGCGAAGCAGGGAGAAGGGAGCGAGAGGGCCCAUGUCAGGGGGGUCGAGAAUGAGAACCUGAGGCGCCCCCCAUUGCUGACAUUCAAAAAUGACCGCCGCCCGCACUCGUCCUCCGCGCGCCGACUCCGACUCCGUGCUCCUUGGCCGUGAGAGUGUUUCUUUCCCUCGCGGGCCAGGUUAGCACACCGACGAGUCGGCAGCACGAACACAACACAACGGUCUUUUGACCGCCAGCCGCACAGACAUGGCGGCCGGCCGAUCCUGGGCUGUCGACUCCCUGCGCGGCUUGUCCAUCAAGCGCGCGGGCGCACUGUCGACCAAGUUCUGGAUCCUCAGCCUGGCCAGCGUCUUCGCGGUUGCGCUGCUCCUCAUCGGCCAUUCGCAUCUACCUUCCUUGUCUUACUUGACUAAUCACCCGCCGCAUCCCGGCUCCCCUCCUCCUCCUCCUCCGCCGCCGCCGCCGUCGUCGACGCCGCCUCCGUACGGACCGAAAGACCCUCCCGUCCCGGGUGAGCUGAAGAUAUGGGAUCCGCCAGAAAUGGAGGCCCUGGUCCAUGGUGUUCUUGCCGGGGAAGGGAUCAAAAGGAAGCCUAGCUAUCCCCUGAAUCCAUUCCCGCCCUCGCCCAUGACGACGCCUCCGCCGGACGACGGCCGGCAGCGGCCCUGGCUCGGGUCUGUCAUAUGCUCCGCCUUCGACAUCGAGCGGCGCAUGCUGAUCCGCUACACGUGGAUGAAGCUGUUCAAGGACGUCCCGAUGGACCAGCGCUUCGUCAUCUCCAACCCGGGCCCGGAGUGGAUGCCCGUCAUCCAGCAGGAGAACCGCACGUUUGGCGACCUGAUCGUCCUCGACCACCUCUCCGAGGACGACUUCACGGCCAACACGAUCAAGACGGUCGAGUACUACCGUUGGCUGGCCGAGAAGAGCCCGCGCAAGUACCAGUUCGUCUCCAAGAUGGACACGGACCUGUUCCUCAACGCGCGCGCCAUGUACGACCGCAAGCUGCGCCCGCGCAUGGCGCCGCGCAACUCGAGCACGGACGAGCUCGUGGCGACGGUCAACCACACGCUCGUCGGGCAGUUCUACUACGACUCGUACCACAAGACGUCCUUCCCGCACGGCGCCAUCUACACGGUCACCUGGGACAUCGUCGAGCUGCUGCCCAAGCUGCAGGACGAGUUCCACGUCGUCGCGGGCGAGGACCUGACCAUGGCCUGGCUGCUGAUGAAGGCGCGGCAAAAGGUCACGUUCGUGCACAUGAACGAGAGCGAGAAGUUCGAGUUCGACCCCAAGGACAUGCGGCCCGGCGAGCGCACGCCGUGGGCGCGCAAGGACACCGACCUCACGUCCAGCUGGCACGCUCUCUACGGCGAGGACGUCAUCGCGGUCCACCAGCUCAAGAAGGACGAGGACUGGCUCAUGGUCGCCGGCGUCUUCGACGAGAACGGCAUCCGGCCGAUGCCGCCGUUCCCUGAGGAGCCGCCGGCGGACGAAGGCGAGAAGCCGGGCUACAGCCGUCCAUUAUAUCACUCAAUCCCGGACAACUAUUGGGAGUUCGACCAUGACGGCACCUGGCUCUGCAACGGCGUGUGGAAGCUGGAGCCCGGCAUUGGCCGGGACAUGAAGAAGAAUGAAACGGCCCAAUAGCAGCUGUCCUGACUGAGAUUUUUUUUUUUCUUCUUGUUCUUAAUAUCCAGGGUUGGGCGUUGUAAGCUUGGGGAAAGGCGGCCGGCGUCCGGAACUGCACAGUGUUGGCUUGGUACAGGAUAGGGAGUCCGGCCGGAGAAUUAGAGUCAAAUGCACCUCCGUUAGAUGGGCGAGAGGU